AUGAGAGCUAGGACAUGCCCACGACGACCAGACACAGCCACUAAGAUCCGAUCUGGACCACCAGAAUCCGAUCUGCCCCGUGACGGUUAUCACGGGGCGUGUGGCUGCACGACGAUUCAUGACGAUUAUGGGGCUUCACCACGGUCCUGUCGGAAUCACAAUGAUCCGGUCGCGACGAUCCGGUGGGCGUCACGGCGGCCCGACGCGGUGACAAUGAUCCUAUGGUCUGUAGCUGCUGACUCUAUGAACCUGACAACUUGGGGCGAUGUGUUCCAGUAUAUACACCCCUCGUUUUGGGGAUUUCUUGGCGUAGCGUUUGCGAUUGCGUUCUCAGUAACUGGCGCCGCCUGGGGGAUGUUCCUGACCGGUUCAUCCUUGAUGGGCGCGGCCAUCCGGAGUCCGAGAAUCAGGUCGAAGAACCUGGUGUCGAUUAUUUUCUGCGAAGCCGUGGCUAUCUACGGAGUCAUUAUGGCCAUUCUGCUCAACGCCAAGAACUCACUCAUCCCCGACUUUCACUGUAGCCCUACCAUGCCCUGCAACACCGGCCUCCCCGCUGAAGCCGCCGUCGCGGGCUGGGCUCUCCUCUGCGCAGGCAUCACGGUCGGCGGUUCGAAUUUGGUCUGUGGCCUUUCCGUUGGAGUCGCCGGCAGUAGCUGCGCCCUUGGCGAUGCACAACUUCCAGAACUCUUCGUCAAAAUGCUCGUCGUCGAAAUCUUCGCCUCUGCUCUUGGUCUGUUUGGCGUCAUUGUCGGAAUCGUGCAGUCGAACGUGUCGAUGCCGAGCAGCAGCUGGCCAACAAACGCCUCUCAGUGGUAG